CUAAUUACUUUAAGAUUUUUGGCUACCGGAGAUUCCUACACUUCAUUAAUGCAUUUAUUUAGGAUUUCAAAGCAAGCGAUUUCAAAAAUUGUACCAGAAGUAUGUAUAGCAAUAUGUGAAGUUCUUGGCGAUCAAAUAAAAAUGCCUGGAACUGCUGAAGAGUGGAAAGUAGUGGCAACACAGUUUAAUAAUCUAUGGAAUUUUCCACAAUGUACAGGAGUUAUGGACGGAAAACAUAUUAUGAUUCAAUCACCAGAACACAGUGGAAGCGAUUACUUUAAUUACAAAUCGUUUUUUAGCAUUGUGCUUUUUAUUGUUGCUAAUGCAAAUUACGAAGUGUUGUAUAUGAAUGUUGGCUGCCAGGGACGCAUAUCGGAUGGUGGUGUUUAAGAAAAUACCCAGUUCAAAAGAAUGUUGUCCGAAUGUAAACUUAAUCUACCUAAUAAUGAAAAGCUUCCUGGUAGAGCCAUGGCUGUUCCUUAUGUUUUUCUGGGUGACGAUGCUUUUCCAUUGUCACCAAAUUUGAUGAAACCUUAUCCAGGUACCCAAGAAAAAGGAUCACAGGGAAGAAUAUUUAAUUAUAGACUAUCAAGAGCGCGAAGGGUAUCAGAGAAUGUGUUCGGAAUAUUAUCUGCACGAUUUCGAGUUUUCAGAAAAAUAAUGUUACUUGAACCAACGAAAGCGGAGACAAUUGUGACUGCUUGUAUUUGUUUACAUAAUUAUUUAAGAAAAAAAAAAUCAAGGACCACCUACACUCCACCUGGAACUUUCGAUUCUGAAGACAAAGACAGUGGUAAUAUUAUUUCUGGAGCUUGGAGGAACGAGAUGCAAAACAAUAUGCCAUUCCAUAGUUUCGAUAAGAGAGCUCGGAAAUCAAGUAGUGCUGCGAAAGAUGUGAGACAAGAAUUUGCAGAGUUUUUUAUGACCGAACAAGGGAACAUUCCUUGGCAAAAUGACUAUUAACAAAUUAUAUAAAGUAACGAAACAAACAGCAAGAAAAUUAAUUAAUGCAUUAAUAAUAUUAAUUUUAUGAAGUUAUUUUAUUUUUUUUAAGUUAGAAGUUAACUAACUUUCUACUAACUGCUAAAUUACUAGAAUAUGAUACGUUAUGAUCCUCUUUCAAUCGUAGUUAUUCAUAGCUUAUAAAUCGUAAAAUAAAUACAAUAUUGUUGCAUA